AUGUCGAGCAGUGCGAGAGGUAGUACCCGAGGCCGUGCUGGCAAGUUCGGCAAGGCAAAGCGAGGAGGCGGCCGAAACUUCAGCAAGAACCUGCGUCCACUCGACAACGAUGGCGGCGAGCAGUCCAUGUGGGCCGAGCCCAACGAGAACGAGGACGAUGACGACUCAUCAGAAGGAGACGAAUCCUCCGAGGAAGAGUCCAGCGACGACGACGGCCCUGCCAAACCACAACAAGAGGAAAUGACUCGUGAGCAACGUCGAGCAGCCGCAAAAGCCAAGAAGGAAGCCGCGAUCAAGAAGAAGCAAGGCACAGUCGAAGCUGGUGACAUGCCACCCAGCGAGUCAUCCGAGGAGGAGGGAGACGAGGACAUGCCCGCCAACCCGAACCACUCCAACGCCGCACGCAAGCAGGCUGAGAAGGGCGCACCCGAGAAGGGGGCGGCUCCACCGAAGCCGAAGAAGGUUGAUGAUGUGAGCCAGCUGUCUCGACGGGAGAGGGAGGCGUUACAGGCACAGCAGGCGAAAGAGCGAUACCAGAAGUUGCAUGCGGAGGGCAAGACUGAGGAGGCGCGAGCAGACAUGGAGAGACUGAAGCUUGUGCGGCAGCAGAGAGAGGAGGCUGCGGCGAGGAAGGACGCAGAGAAGCAGGAGAAGGACCUCAUUGAGAAGGAGAAGAAAGAGCAGAUGGCGAGACUCGAGAGGCAGCAAGCUCUCAAGGCCGGACGCGGUGGACGAGGUGGGAAGAAGGGUGGUAAGGCCUAA